AUGCCCGACAUGCCGUCUGACCUCGACUGCAUUUAUCAAGAAGCCAUAUUCUCCCUGGAGUGCCCUGAGAGUCACUCAUAUUCCAGCCUCUUCUUCCAAUCGACUGAAGAGAACCAUGACUCCUGCUUUAUGCAUCUCAACCUUCCACAGAGCACUGUUCCUGGAGCUGGCAACAUCAAGUGUUCUCUGGCCUUAUUUGAGGUCAUUGGGCAGAUUGCAGCCAAGGACUGCUAUCUGACAAAGUUCGGAGAUGAGUGGCUGUUCCCAGAGGAUGAGGAAAGCAAGACUGCAUACUCCUGCUGGAUUGAACCACGGUGCGCUGACAUGGUUUCACUCAUACACUGGCGGAAUGUGGCGCGAGGUCUGGAUAUGAUUGUAGUGGCAGCUCCUGCACCUAUCGAGACCAUCCAUACCAUACGUGCAGACCCGGAAACAGACUCGGUGAAGAUUCAAGUCAGCUGGCGCCCGUUGGCUGGACAGACAGUCGAGGACACAUUCCCGUUGUAUGAUAGUGCAGGAAACCGUCGUGUUCCUGCUUCUGAGGAAGAAGUGCCCUUUGGGCAGCCUGUUCAUGUCCUUUUCCACCUCGAGUGUGUCAUGUAUGAAGGCAUCAGGUACUUGUUCGCCCAUCUUCUUGGCGUUAGGGAGAUUUGA